AUGGCAUCAGUCAUCUUACGGUAUUAUCAACUACCAAUUUUGGAUAUUAAAUUAGAAGCCGUUAGGAAACGGAAGAUUUUAUACAUCAAGAAAAUUGCUACUCCCGAUACUAAUGAAAAGGAAUUACUGACCAGUAACAUUACCGAUCGAUUAUCAUAUUACAUAUGCUACAACACGCGCAUCACAUAUGCUCAUCAUAUAUGCUCAUCACAUAUGCUCAUGGUUCAUAUGCGCAUCAUAUAUGUUACAGCAUGCAUGUGCGUAAAUGACUUAAUUGAUGAUUUUAGAAUGGAUGAGAUUAAGCGAGUUACUAGUAUUGAACCCACAUCAAUUGUCCAGAAUAUGAUGUUCAUUAAUCGGCUACGUCAAAGCGAGAAAUCCAUCGAUAUCAUUAAAGGCAGGCGGACUGACCCAGCCGCAAUCAUCUUGAAGGUCGAGCAGUCCGUUCAAUAG